UGUUGCCUUAAAAGGAUGUUCUUUGGAUUUCAGGUGACCUUCUUCCUUUCUGCCUUUGAGGAUCUUGGCUUCCGCCCAGCCACUCUGAUGGAUACUUUUGCUGAGAAAGUAAUGUCUGAUCCUGAUUCCUUGAACAUGAAAGAUAUUGUAGUUGUUCUCCGAGUUUAUUCCCUUCUCAACCACCUCCCUGAAGGCCAAGAUCAGCAGUUCCUUGAGGCUCUGAAUAGUGCCUUGACCAGCUAUCUGCCCAGGAUCCCCAAUGCGGACUUACUGAGGGCUGUAUGUGGAUUCUGCAUUUUAGGAUAUCUUCCCCAGCCAGCUCUUGACCAGCUGCUGCAAGAUGAAGUCCUUCAUGAUCUAAGGACUGGAGAUGGGCAGAACGUGGAGCAAAACGAAAUGAUGUUGCGUGGCGUGAAUCUUUGUCUAGCUCUCGAUGGUCAUUCUGAGCCAGGAGCGCCCUUACUGGUGGAGAAGCGGUCCUCUCCUCCCUCAUCUCAAUUUCCUGACAUGCGGGACGUCCUGCUCACGCUCCUGGGUGACGCCAGUCUGUUCCAGCCGAAUGUGAAGUUGACUCAUGGCUACAGCAUAGAUUUUGAAAUCCUGAUGGAUGCCAACAGAAGAAAGGUGGUCCCAAGCAGUGAAACCGACCAGCCAACAGACAGUCCCAGCGUUCAAAGGUUGGCUGUGCUGUGUGCACCAGUUUCUGCUUUCUGCCUUGGCUCAAGACACCCUCGCGGCAGGACGGCCAUGAAGAUGAGGCAUCUGAGACUGCUGGGCUAUCACGUGGUCCUGGUUCAUUAUCCAGAAUUUCAAAAACUGAAGAAAAAUGAGGCAGUUCAGUUCUUGAAGGGAGAAAUAUUUUCCUCAGAAGAACACCUUGGGUCUGAUUAGAACGUCCGGCAUCGUAUGAGUGAAUUUAUGGCAUUGCGGCGUUUGGUACCCUUCCGGAAAGAACUGUGAACAAGCUUCUUUAGUCAUGCGUCGUUUGUCCUUCUCAGUUUUUAACUAACAGAUUUAGAAUCUCGUCCCCCAUCUACAUUUUUUUCUAAUAGGAAGGAAGGCACAGCGGGGCUUCGUUGAUGCUUCUGAUGCCACUUCAGGUGGAAGCGGGAGAAAAUAUAGAAUAUGUGAUAAGAGAACACAAUCUAUACAGUGUAAAUUAUAAUGUUGCAAAAUGAAUAACGAUCCAUGUAAGUUGCUUCCAUCCCCAGUAAAAACAAAAAUUGGUGCA